UGUCAAGUCAUAUGCCAAAAUUUUUGUUUAUGUUCAAAACAAUAUAGAAUUUUCACCCAAAAAAGGCAAUAGAUGGAAUAAUUCCAGUUUUCAAGAAAUGGAUACCUCAACUGCAUACAAUAUACCAACUGGCAUAAAAAAGAUAUAUCCCUCAGUCGAAGAAUGUAAGGUAAAUAAUAUGAUUAGAUGCACGGAAGACGGUUGUCAGAACGUUUUCACAUCAGAAUCUAACCUUUCCCUUCACUUGACUAAGACUCAUAAGAAAUCUACACUAGUCAACCUGGAUCCCUGCAUCAAACAAUACCACUGUCCAGAACUAGAAUGUGUUUAUAAUUCCACUAGUUGUUUCAAGAAUAUCAAGCUACUUCGGCAGCAUUACAGGAAGGUUCAUGCACCCAAAACUUUCUUGUGUUCUACAUGCCAAAAAAGUUUUCCAUGUGAGAACCAUCUGAAACUUCAUGUAGAUUACUGCGGUAUUGAUUUUACUUGUUGCGAUUGUCAGUCCUCAUAUACUUCCUAUGAAACAUUGAAAACGCAUGGUAGACGUAAAAAACAUACAAUACUCAACAAACCUGAGUAUAAACUGAAAAACCUUACUUCAAAGAGUGAGGUCAGUUUACCAGUAGCUCUUAGUUGCUAUAAGGCAAUUUUACCUAGGACCUCUGUUAGUGUAGUUUUUAUUCCAAGUCUGAACAAGUCGGUGUUGAGUCAGGAAUGCCAAACUGUUCCCACUACUCCCAGGUUAAAAAGUAAAAUGACCCAGGUCACUAGGACGUCUCCUUAUAAUUCACAGCAAACUGAAUCAUUGGGUAACCACAUCAGUGUAGGAACUCAGACAGUAGGUGACUUCAUAAAUUCAAAUCAAAACAAUGAUUCAUGCAAUUCACCAAGUCAGAAAAGUUCCAAUACUCAGACCGACAUCAAAGAAUCCAAGAAUUUUUCCUGCAAUACAUCACUGAGUACAGAUUUGGAUUUCGAUGACAAAAUUGAAGUUAAUAAUUCGAGCACACAAACUCAUGACCAUUCUAACAUAUUUUCCAUUUCCACAAUGACACACGACUCCAUUGAAACUGAUACUUCAGAUUUGAUGGUGAAUACUCUUGAGGCUGACAUCGACAGCUUUGAAUUUGAUAACUGUCAUAUGGAAACUCAAACUGAUUUUAUGUUUGAAGAUGAAAUGUUCAGUUGCGAUUAUAUGAGUAAUAUGUAUACACAAACUUGUGAUGACAUACUGAAUGAUUUUGGAUUUAUUGAUACCCAGACGCAGACAGUAUUUGAUGAUAUGUUGAGAUCUGUUGAAAGCCAAACUACAAUGUCACAUGGAAAGAAAAACCAUGCCAAUCUGAAAGAUAUGAUGCACAUGGAGACACAGACUGACACAGAAUUUAGGCAGCUAUUGGAAGUCAUAAAUUCUUGACUAUAAAUUUAUUUUUUGUUUUGAAACUUAUUUCUUCAAAAUAACAUUGUAGUGUUUAUUUAUUUAUAUUGUCAUUAGAAUUGACCUUUGGCUUAGAAGAUUAUAUUUGUUAAUUUUGUAUUUUGUACAUAACUAGGUACUUGAUAAAUUUCUGAAAGUAUGGAUGUGCUGUGAAUAUAUAAAAUAAUGGCUAAAUAGUCAUGGCCCAGAUUUUUUCAAAAAUCAUUGUAAAGAAAUGGCUUUAGUGCCAUAUAUAAACAAUUUCACUGAA